AUGGCCUCCCACGGACCGUUGCAGAGCCAAGCCGCUCCAUCCGGCGCGCACGCAUCAUCCCCGAUACCGAGCCUGCCCAAGCUCGAGCCGCGCAAGCGGCGCGCCACCCCCUCCAACCCGACGCCCGUCCCCGCGACGCCCGCGCUGCCCAGCCAGCUCGACGACGGCGCCCUCGCCACCUGGUCCUUUGCGGUCCCCGCGCGCCGCAUCCUCUCGAAACGCGACCACGAGCUGUUCCUGGCCUCGCCGUCGUACGAUGCCGUCGUCGGGUGGGUGUUUGGCCUCGCCGAGGCCGUCGUCGACACGCCGUGCUCGGCCGCCGCCGUCAGCGACGCCCGUCUGAGCGAGCCCUGCGCGACGCUGCUGCGCAUCCUCGACGAGGUCGCCGCGCUGACCGCGCUCUCGCCGCCCGACGAGCAGGGCGGCUCGCGCUUCGGCAACAAGGCCUUUCAGGGCUUCGUCGACCUGGUGCGCGCCCGCGCCGACGCCUGGCACCGGCAGCUCGGCCUGGACGACCCCGCCGCCAUUGCCGAGGCGUCGGCGUACCUCACGCAGUCGUUUGGCAACCGCGACCGCAUCGACUACGGCUCCGGCCACGAACUCAACUUUGCCGUGUGGCUGCUGUGUCUGUACCGGCUGCGGGUGCUGGGCGCCGCCGACCUGCCCGCGCUCGCGCUGCGCGUCUUUGCCCGCUACCUCGACGCCAUGCGCGCCGUGCAGAUGCUCUACUAUCUCGAGCCCGCCGGCUCCCACGGCGUCUGGGGCCUCGACGACUACCAGUUCCUGCCGUUUCUCUGGGGCGCCGCCCAGCUCCUCCACCAUCCGUACAUAACCCCGCGCGCCAUCCACCACGACCUCACCCUCGAAGAGGCCGCCGGGGACUACCUCUACCUCGGCCAGGUCGCCUUUGUCAACAGCACCAAGACGGUCAAGGGACUGCGCUGGCACAGCCCCAUGCUCGAUGACAUUUCCUCGGCCCGGUCGUGGACCAAGAUUGACGGCGGCAUGCGGCGCAUGUUUGUCGCCGAGAUUCUCGGCAAGCUCCCUGUCAUGCAGCAUUUCUUGUUUGGGUCGCUGGUGCCGGCCGCGGACGGCAUGAGCGCAGCGGACCCGGACGCGACGGCCGGCGGCGAGCACGAGGGGCACGGUCACAGCCACGAUGGAAAAACCUGGGACGAUUGCUGCGGUAUCAAGGUGCCCAGUAGCAUAGCGGCCGCGCAGGAGAUGAAGAAGAUGGGAGGGAGCGAUUCGCUACGUAGGAUUCCGUUUGACUAA